CGAAGAUUCUCCAACCACCAUGGCGCAGGAAAGUUUCAAGGUGCUGAUCGCCGGUGGCAGCCUGGUCGGCUUGACGCUGGCCCUUGUGCUGGAACAGGCUGGGAUCGACUAUGAGCUGUUUGAAAAGGGGGAUCUGGCACCACAGCUGGGCGCUUCGAUCGGGCUGCAUCCCCAUUCCCUGCGCAUUCUGGAUCAGCUGGGCGUGUGGCCAGACAUCGAGAAGACCAUCAUUCCCUUGCACUAUCGCUAUCACUUCGACGAGAAUGGCCGCUGUAUGGAGGAGUCUCGGGUCUUGCAGGACAUCCAUCAGAUUCUGACCUAUCCGAUUAUUUUUAUGGAACGAUGUGAGGCACUGCGAAUCGUGCACAGCCAUAUUGCAAACCCCUCCAAGCUCCACGCCCACAACGGGGUGGUGGCAUAUGACGAAACAACCGACGGGGUUGUGGUAACGACGGCAGACGGGAACCCUCAUCGAGGCGACAUCCUGAUCGGGGCAGAUGGCAUUCACAGUCGGGUGCGCCAGCUCAUGGCUGAGAAGAUCCACCAGACGGACCGGGUGGCCAGCGAGAAGAUUACCAAAGCAUUCACGAGCGAAUACAAAUGCAUCUUCGCUGUUUCGCGGAACGAUCCAGCCAGCCCGUUCCUGCCGGAUGCCACGGUCCACAAUGUUUACCACAGCCAGCAUUCAGCGGUAGCCGCCAGUGGAGUGUCUGGCCUGGUCUUCUGGUUCCUGUUCGUGAAAACACCACUCACAACGACGCCUAGCUGCCCUCGAUUCACCGACGACGAUGCGAAUCGCCUGAUUGAAGAGUACGCGACCGUCGCCCCGGGUCCAGGCUACACCAUCAAAGAUCUGUGGGAAGCACGAGUGAAGGGAUCGCUCGUGCCCUUGGAAGAGGGAAUCGUCCCGCAGUGGAGCCACGGCCGAGUGCAGCUCCUCGGGGAUGCCAUUCACAAGGUCACCAUCAACGCCGGUCUUGGGGGGAACCUCGCAUUCGAGGGAAUCUCUCAUUUCAGCAACAGUCUGACUUCAUUAUUGCAGCAGAGCCCGUCGCCCUCCCUCGAGCAGUUGACUUCCCUCUUCCAGAACUUUGAGCGGACGCAUCGACCACGCGCCACUACCGUUCUGGGCGUAUCUGGCCAGAUUACGAGAUACGAGGCGCAAGAUACGGGGUUCUUGAAAUUCGCUGCUAAGCACUUGUCCCCGUGGGUCCCUGACAUCUGGAAGGCGAAGCUUUAUGCGAGCUUUUCGAACGGCGCUCCCCACCUCGACUUUCUACCGCUGAAGGAGCAGGAGGCUGUACAAAGGUCGGCCAUGACAAGUACCGGUUACUUAUACCCGGGUCUUGUACUCACGGGCGCUGCCGUCGUCGCUGGAGCUGCGGUCGUCUGGCGAGGCUUCCGGUUAUCAGAUGCUACCUUGUCCUGAAGGGGAAACGAAUCAAAUGAGUCUGAGCGAAACCAACAAGACCACCUCGGACUUCAGCCCUGGGAGAAUGAACUUGCUGGCAAUUUCUUCUGUUGAGUACUGAAGCUGUUAAUCUACACACCUUCCCUUCUGCAUCCUCUCGUAUCGCGGUCCAACUCUUGGAAUCACUGAACUGCGGUCCUUAAUAAUGAAGAACACUUGCACUGGUGGUUUUUCUUUUCGCUUUCCUCGAAGUCAAAUAUUAC